AUGGCUUCCUUCUUUCAGCCAGGGCCGAAUGACCCUGCCCUUGCGGAUUGCGAGCCGGGGAGAUUCCAGAUCUAUUGCAACAGUAUCAACUCGGUGCAAAAUCUUUUCCAGCCAUGGUACCAGGUCCUGAACCUUUCCGUUGGCGGCGCUGCCAUACUGAUUCCACUCGUCUUGGCCGUGAUCACAUUCAUUGCUCAUGCCUGGACGCGUUACCGCUCCCACAACACAAAGCCUCAAAGGCGGCGUAAGUCUGCACCAGCCGUCCAACGUCAACUUACACCAGGGACGUGGAAAUCGGCGAGAUCUUUCGAGCUUCUUCACCAAGAGCAUAUAGAACUUCCAGACCUCACACCAGACGUCUUUGAAACCAAGGACCAUCUCUCGGUCACGUCACAAAAGGUGUCUGCACAGAGGACCAUCAAGAUCUUCAUGACAAACGCAGAUCAGGCUCAACUUUCCGAAAGGCUCAAAGCCAUCAGCAAGGGAUCUGAUAUCGACGCCAUCGGGCUGCACUGCUCAGAUGCCACCAAUCUGGAGACACUUGAAGCCUUGCUCCACGAGCUAUUGGAAUGCAACAUCCCAGCGGUUCUCGUGGCCAGCCAUGACAGCAACAUAUGGCCCCACGUCGAUCUCACUGUCUUUUCCGGAAUCGUGAUAGAGAACGCUUGCAUCUUGCAAAGCGGCGACCGCCGCGAUUAUUUUCGAUCUCGAAUGCUGCAAGAUGUCGUCGGACGAUGCAGCAAGAUCAGAGAAAGCGACCCGGACUACUUUGUUGGCUUCGCGGACCUGUGGGAAGUGAGACCCCAUCCAGCUGUGAUCAGAAGGGCCGUGAAACUAGCAGAGCACUUUGGUGCCUUGCUGGAACAUGGUCCAGUUCGACCAGAAGAGAAUGGGGGAAUCCAUGUUGGGGCUGCCAGUCAGACGCUCAGUGGCUUUGAGUUUCUCAGACGACCAGAAGUCAUCGAGCUACAGCGAUCUUGGAGCACGGAGGCCCAACAAGUCCUCGUCUCUGAAUCGGAGCAGUCCACCGACGUUGCACGACUACCCCUGCAUGGGAUCGAAAGUGUGAUCCCAAAUAUUCGUCAAUACCUGGAGAAAUUCGAAGUACCGUCGUCUCUCGACGAUCUGAAGCACCAGCACACCUCUUUUGCGCAGCCCCCCGACUAUUCGUCCUCGCCCAUCUCUCGAGACUGCUCCUGGACAAAGUCCAGCCAGGGCAGCCCAAUGGCCGAAAAGGGGUGCUAUCCUAUCACAACGGAACCCGGCGCAGCUCACUACAAUGCUGUGGUCGAGAUGCAGAAGCACUUGAAGCGCUUGGAUAUGCUUCAGCCCUCCAAGGGCGCCGACACGCACCGUCUGAUAAAGGAACUGCAGCAGCUUGAGUGUGGUUACCCCAUGGUGAGCCUGGUGGAUCGACUAGUCGAAGGCCUUCGAGAACGCCGCAUCACAGUGUUCAAAGGUCUCGACACGGGCUUCGGCGUGCCAGAGGGGGUUGCGUACUUUUGGGGCGUUUCCGACGCCUCUAGUGAGCAAUCUGAGCUCGACAUUUAUAUCUCUCUGAAAGCGCCCAACGAUACCGCCGCGAUCCUCCAUACGUGGCUCGCGCACUGCGGCGUGUCAAGGGCCGUCCGCUUCGAAACCGAGUGUCAACUGGAACAAUCGCUGAGGGCCGAUACAUCGCCCAUCCUGUUACCUGCGAGCAUCAAGACAGCUGUUGAUCGAUCCAGCCACGCAGAAGUUUUGAGCCUACUUCAGCAGGUGCGAAUCUCUCAGCUUGAUCACACUUUCAAGGGAGCUCUUGUCGAUUACUGCCAACAGAGUCUUUUGCAGGAUGUGUCUCGCGGAACAUGGUAUCAAACUGUCUCUUCUGCCAUUCUCGACGGUACAAUGACAAUGGAAGAGAUUCUGCAACUGAGACUCGAGCACUACGUUCAGCUCGGCGCUGCUGAAAUACCGAAACUCGACUAUUUGGUGGACCUGUCGGAAGAAGUGUCACAGCAGGUGCUCGAGUCUCUUUUCUUUGGUCGUCGAGAUGCGCUGAACGCAAUGACCAACGCUUUGCUUGAGGCAUGGAGCCCUGAGGCCCAAGCCGAUGGCAAAUGCGUAGACCUAAACGCCGACUUGUUUGCGCUCAUAUUUCUGAGCGCUCUACGCAAAGCAGGAUUCGAAGAUGUCUACAUUGAGGCCACCGAUCGAUGCCCCUUCUUCCUGUCUCAACCCGACCAAGCCGCCGUGUUCUCCGAGUUGUGGGUUCUUGGGUCUCAAUGCGAGAUCUACUUUGGCGUGCUUCCCAGAGGUCUGGGGUCCAUUGUCUACAAUCGCUAUAAGGAGCACCUUUUGCAACAUCCGCCGGCGGGAGAUGCCCGGAAGAAUAAUGAGAUUAUGAGCAUGUAUUCCAACAAUGAACCCCCAGCGGAAGAUGGUGAAGGCGAUGGGACCCGCGCGAAAGCACAAAUGUUGAGCCUCACCAGACGUGAGCGUGUUGAAUCGUGGAAGAAGCGCUUCACCGAACUCGGCGCCAUGUCCAUCUUCUGCUUACCAGCAAUCAUAGACGUCCUUCUCCUCACUUUUGUAGGACGCGGCGUCUUCAUGACCGCCUUUAUGGAUUCGGAGCACCUGCAAGCCGCUGGGUUAGCACUGCUGAUCUCCCUCCUGCUCACGGCGGGGGUCACCGGCUGGGUUGGCAGUGUCGGGAACUAUUACCUGGUCAACUAUGCCUACGACAAUAUGAUCCACUUCCACGUCCAGAGGCUGUCUGGUGGGUUCAUGUUGACCCUCUUGGUUGCGAUAUGUGGGUUUGUCGGGUUCUCGGUGCAAUACUCAGUCCCAGUCGGACUCGUGUUCGCGGCAUACAUGAUUAUCAUUGCCACCUAUUUCAACCUCCUUGGCGUCAUGGCCACUAUGCACCAACGACACAGUCCUAUCACGUCAGGGCGCACCGUCUUGUGGCGCACCAUUCCGCUCCUCCUGAUCUCUCCUGUCCUGUCGACGUUUGUAAACGGACAUGAUCUUGAAAUCUACCUUCCCAUCACUUUGUUGUUUGUGGUGUUGGCGAUGGUGCAGUACCGAAAUCUGUGCCGUGAGUGGUCAGGCUGGAUGCGAAACAUACCCACGUUCUCAGGCAAGGACAUUACAGAGUGGCAUGAAGCUCAAGCAGGCCUGACAAAGGAGGAGAAGGAGGGUCAAAAAUCGAGCGAUAAAGAUGCGCUAGAGGCAUUCCGCGAGGCUGUGGAGGCCUAUAAAAGGGGCCUCCUGUCUGACGUCUCGAAGACGGAUCUUGUUGCGAGGGUGGCCGCCGGCAUGCCUUAUGUCCAGUGGCUGUUCAAGAAAACGUGCCCGAACAGCACGAUCCCAGAUGCCUUUACUGCCUCCUGGUUUACGCAGUUGGGGGAGUCGCGCAAGCAGCAGCAGCAGCUGUCUCGUGGCCUCAAGGAACAUAACGUUCUCAUGUUAUUUCGCUUUGCCCGAUACGAUAUUGGCCAAAACCUCGGUUUGUUCCUGGUCGCCCUCAUGGAUCGAUGGGUCAGCAUCGUGAUGGGCGCCAGAGUCCCUCGGCCCAGCUUGUACAUCGACUCAAGGUCCCGUUACGGUGUGUGCUUGUGUAUCCUCUACUUUUGUGCGUCCGUCAUGCUGCUUGACACGACCUUGCAGAAGUACUGGGAGGUUCAGUUCAAACUGUCUGAUGAGAAGCUGAGUGGCCACGAUCAUGCCCAGCGCGUCGCCAAAGAGUGGGAGCGACGGAGGUUGAGAUCGCUUCUCCAAGCCCUUCGAGAGUUGCUUGGCAAGAUCAUGGUCGUCUUUGGAGUCUGCACAGUACUCAUGUGGCUACUUGUGAUGAACCCACAGAGCAUGAUUCUGUAUUAUUGCUACUGCCUUGGCUACACCUGCGUCAUCCUGUUCCAGUUCAAUCGCUGUUUUACUACGAACGUUCGGGCUCACAUUACAAUCAUCCUCUCGGCCGCAGCUGUUGGCUUUGUGGUGGGCUGUACGUUGCGCGUCGUCCCUUAUACAGCCGGGUGGUUCUACGCAGAGAUACUAGCACAGAAUGUAUCGGCUGUCACGGCGGCUUUAGGCACUUUCCUGUGGACCUGGAAGGACUGGACAUCGCCCACGAGAUCGAACAAGCAUUCUGACAGUGAAGACCCCGACAAGCCUCAAAUCAUCGCACAAUGCCGGCUCGAGGCCGAAUCUGGAACCAAUGACCAGGUUACAGCUUCACAAAUCAAAGGCUUGAAAGGCACUGCCAUGCCACAGAAUGAAAGUGCGAUUGUCUUCCGCGAAGUGUCGCGGCAUCUCCGCAGUAGCCUGCAAGAACCCAAUGCUUUCUCACGAUCUGCCCCCUGGUCUGGGAAGCUGCUCCAGACGACUCUGAACAUGUGGGAAUCUCGAAACAUCGGUGUCCUCCUGUGCAGCCGUCAGCAAUUUGUACGCUCAGGCCUGUCGCAUAUCUCAUCCGUUAGUGAGUCGACCGGGGAGUCGUUGACCAUCAAUAUUGGCGUACUGGGAGAGACGGAACUGCGAGACGCCUCAUGGCAGCCGCUCCUGGCGCAGAUAGUGGCGGAAUCGGCCCUCUAUCAUGUUGCGCGCACAGAGCAUGGGCUGUCGCAUUCCAAAGCUGUGCAAGCUGAGCAUUUCCUCCAGGAGACACAGUCCCUAUCGAGGCGACUUGAGUUCGAGCUCUCCUAUGAGAACGACGCGGCUCUGGACCGACUUAUUGGCAGAACAAAUGUGGAACUGAUGAAGCACCUGUGUCUCAAUGUGCCGAUCGAGUCGCAAUGGGAACUGUUGCCAGAAUCCGUACGCCAAGCGAUAGUCGAGCGCAUCAAUGGGCAGCGCGUCAACAUGACUAGGGAACUGCUUGCUUGGCUUGACCGGAGCGGUACCGACCUGACUACGUGCGACUUUCACGUCUCGCUGGCUCUGGCCAUAUCGCAGAAGAUUGGGCAAAGAGCAGGGUCUGUUGCGCCGUUCUGUAGCUACCAGUCAACUUCCACGGCGGCACUGAAGCCUGUGCGGAUGCCGGACAGCGUGUCAUCACCAUCCAAGGCACUGGGGGAGUGGCUGCGAUUACCAGUCAGAAUCAUCGUGGCAUGGGUGAAAUGGGUCGCCAUCAUCACGGGCGCAGGAAACGACAUUGAGCGCGAGCUAUGGUACUGUUCGAAAGAUUGGUAUUUUCAACGGUUCAUUCUAGCUGUCACCCUAUUCUUGUGGAAGUUCUGCUGGCACGCAAAGAACCUCUGGAUCUACGUGAUGCUGGUACAUCAGCGGGUCGAGGUGGCCAAUAUGACAAGGCUGGCCCAGAAGGGUGCCCGUCGCAAGAUCAAGGGUAGCUCCAUCCUCGUCGAGCUUCCCCGUAAGAGAGUCACUGGGUUCGCUGCGGGCGAGGACGGAGGAGCCAUGGUGUUGAAAGUAUACGACGGCUUGCACAAAUCUGCGCCCUCCGGAGCAAGCCCUCUCUUCAAGGCGGUCUACGACGAGAACCUGCGCCUCCAGGCUCGAGUCGAUAGUGACACGCUGGUGACUACUUAUCAGUACGCCGAUGCGACCACGAGACGACCCUUGUCCAAGGAGUUCAGCGACAAGGACUUCCGUACUGUAGGAUUCUACGACAAGCAUGGCCGAAUUCACAGGGGCACGAUCACGGUGGGGGAGACCGAAUUUGCCUUUCAGUAUCACUUCAAGAACCUACCACACGGCAAUGCAGACGUCUUGGCUGCUGACUUUAAGGACAUCACCUCUGAUACCGAGAACAUGAUCUCGGUAUACUGGGGCUGCCCCCCUGAUGAGGAUGUCUCCAAGUACAACUGGGCGCCGUCGGAGCGCCUGAGCCGCAUAGUCAAAGUCAUUGGGGGCAGGCGAUACACCACACAAGUGGAGUACAAGCAUCGCCGAGAUCCCCUGAUCACCACGUUCCUGGACGGAGAGGACGGGAUCAAGACAGCCGUCGCAAGCGCCCCCAAGGCGUUCGCCGAGGAAAGCAUGUUUCUGGCUCGGCCUGGUAACGUCUCAUUCGAUUCGGAUGAUCUUCUCAUCUAUCAUAGCCUGACCCAGCUCAAGGAACUUCGGCGUCACGCAACUCCGUGGCCGCUGGGCGUGUCGAGGCUGAACCCAUGGGGGUGGAUCGUCAAGCUCAAGGGCAGCCGCGUGUACCAACACAUUCCGACGUGGCAGCUGAGAACUGAGCUCUGGGCCCUGUGGCUCAAAUCCGACUCGCUGGAUGCGCCCACGGCGUGUUGGCUUGAUGAGCUGAUUCUACGAGAAGAGCCUCUGCUGCGCAAGUAUUGGAAGGCCAGAGAUCGAGGUAGACUACACGAGGCCAAAUCCUACCUAGAUCGACACGUCGGCCAGAUCGUAUCGGCCAUUGACAUGCAGACGGACGUGUCCGAGGUGUGUGCUCUGCCGAUUAAGACGUCUGACCUGUAUGCCAUGGGCCUCGGCAAAGAUGCGACAGAAAUUACAAGUCACCCUCGCGACUGUUUCAGCGACUCUGACGAGCGCAUAUCGGUGGUCUUUAACGACAUUGGGUGCUGGCCCGAGGCGCCUGGUGGUGUGUCCAACUGCCGCCGCGAUCUGGUCAACGGACACAGCACGAUCCGGAACCACGUGCUGGCCGAGUGCGCCAACGACUUUGGCAUCCCCCGAUUCCAGAUUGAGAGGAAUGUGCAGUCGCUCAAGCUGCUCCCACUGUGGGGGCUGGACAGGAAGACGGCGCACCAUGGCCUGAUUGACAAUCUCCUCCAGUCCCAGGUCGACGAGAAGGUGCGCAACACCGAGAUCCAACGCGACAUUGUCGGGGUGUUUAUCCCCCUGGUCAAAGACUUUGUCAAAGGUGCGCGGACGAAGCGGUACACUCGCGCCGACUUGAUCAGGUACAGCAACGUGGUGCUCUCCAUGUCCAAGUACUACGAGCAAAAGGACUACAGUCGGACCUGGGAGUCCAAGGAGGUCGAGAAGGCCUGGGUCGAUGCCUGGCUUGUGCCGUACAACGAUCCUAACAUUACUGAUCCUUCGUCCUUUUUCGACAUUGAGAAACCGAGCAUGUCCGAUUUUCGAGAGGCGCUGGGCAUCUACUUGGCGUACUUUUUCAUCUUCUCGGUGAAGAUUCCGGAUCGCUGUCCGCGAGUGUUCCAGAGCACGCAUCAUGGCAUCAGUAGUCUCUUUGGCAUGAUUCUGCGCUAUCGUCGUGGCGUCACCUUUGGUAUUUGGGACCAUGCCAUUCUGUGGCGAGAGUGCUGUCUCAACAUCAGUCCCGCGCAGUGCGAGCUGCCCAUCUCGGUGCAGUCGAUGCUGCUGUCAGGCAUUGGGUUGGCGACGAGGCUGGCCUACCUGCAUGCCGACGUGAUCAUGCCGUGCACGUCGCUGUUUAAUCCUAUGUGGGAAGCUGAGAUUGCCACCGAUCGAGGGCAGCUCAGCAGCAAAAAGGUUUUUAGCCGGCGUAUUGACCCCAUCGUCAACGGCAUCAGCAACAUGGAGUCCUUCACACCGGUCGACAAGAUCCGCACGGAGAAGCCUACAGUGGUCAUGUUGUCGAACGUGCAGUUCAUCAAGGGCAUCAAGACGGCGAUCCUGGCGGCAGACAUCAUUGUCAACCGCUAUGGGUUCAAGGACUACCAGCUCGUGGUGUACGGUGCCAAGGAUCGGCAGCCGUCCUAUGCCCUGGAGAUGGCCAAGCUGAUUGUGGAGAACAACCUGUCCGAGACGGUGAUCCUGGCCGGGUUUGGCAAGCCAAAGGAGGUGCUCAAGGACGCCUGGCUCUUUAUGAACUCGUCCAUCUCCGAGGGCCUGCCCCUGGCCAUUGGCGAGGCGGCCCUCGCUGGCGUGCCCAUUGUCGCCACGGAGGUUGGAGCCACAGCGCUGGUGAUGACGGACCCCGAAGAUCAGGACAAGCGAUACGGCGAGGUCGUUCCUCCCAACGAUCCGCUGGCCUUGGCUCGGGCGCAGCUGAGUAUUCUGGGCAUGGUGGGUCCCUGGGCCAAGUUCACUGAGGAGGUCCAAGCCGAACCGUCUGCUGCGGCAUCAGCUGUGCUGCCAGACGACAUCACCUCGGGUGUCGUGGACUGGCUUACCCAGCGAAUGUACGACAAGUCGCCCGAUCGUCGACGCCUAGGUCUACUAUCGCGAGAAGUCGUGCUGCAUAGCUUUCACGGGAACCGCUAUCUACGUGAGCAUGAACAGAUGUACUGGGUUCAGUGGCAUCUGUCAAAGAUGAGAGCCGACGAGGCGUUGAGCAAGAUCGCGUCUCGGACGUAUAGAUUUGGCAUACCGCGGCCGUUGGAGUAUGAGGACGAAGAUGAUCGAUGCAUCAUCGAGGCAGACGGGGAAGAGAGCGAGGGGAGCACCUUGGUGAGAGAUCCGACGGUUAAGUGGCAGGAGUUUGACAACGGGAGGGUGAUCAAGGAGAAGAGGUCGGCGAGAAGGCUAAGCAAGCAGCGGCCUCCUAGUUCGAUGGUGUGA